CAGUCAAUUCAUCAAUCCAUGUACAAUGAUGACAGUUAUAACCGCAUAGGAGAAGUAACAGUGGUUCCACGCAUUUAAUAAAGACCAUCAAAAUUGGGAAUCCUACCUGGAACAACUUUCUCAACAUUUUUUUGCCUAUUCGGUAAGCAGUCCUGACAAGCAAAACUCGUUUUUCCCAUCAUGGGCCGGUAUGGAAUUGUUCGAACUUUUAAAAAAUUUGUUCCAGGUUGAAACCCUGCAAUCGCAAACAUACAUCCAGUUGACAGACAAAUUAACGGAACAUUUCCAGUCGAAACGUCAAGUAGCUGCAGCACGUUAUGAAUUUUUAAACGAGAAAUGAAGCAUACGCAAACGCACCGUGAUUAGGUUGCAGAACUACGUGCAAUUGCAAGGGAGUGUAAAUUUAAUUGUUCCGCUACAAACUGUUCAGCAAACUUUGUAAAUGAAAUGAUUCGCGAUCAAAUCGUACUUAACACCCCAUACGAUCAAGUCCGCACAGCCGCUUUUCAAAAAUUACAACCGUCACUAGAAGAUAUGCUCUUAAUAACUGAAACAUAUGAAACAACAGCAAAAAUAGUAGUAACCAUCAAAGAGAAUACGAGUUCAUCCACGAUGCAGGUGAACACAAUGCAGACACGUAAAUAUUGGAAGAAAACAAGUAAAAACCAAAUUAAAAGAGAACAGAACGUAAAUGAAAACGCAACGAAACAAGUGAAACUGAAGUCCUGUACAGAUUGUGGCUUUUCGCAAAAUAGAGAGCAGUGUAGAUUUCGUAAAGCGAAUUGUAAUAAAUGUGCCAAAAAGGGACACAUUGCUGCAGUUUGUAUGUCAAAUCAGAGCAGAAGUGUUAGUAAAAGCACAACUAUUCCAAAGCAAAACUGGAAUCAAAACAAACAAGAAAAUUAACAACAUAUUGGUACAUUGGAUGCAGUAAACAUUGUAACGGACAUAGUAAAAGUUGAAACAAAUACAAAGUAAUACAAUUUCAGUUAGAUUCGGGCGCAAUCGUUUCAAUAAUCAAUUUACAAACGUAUAAUAAAUAUAUUGAAUAGACCGAAAUUAGUAAAGUGUA